GGUAUAUAAAGAGAGGAACGGCUAGUAACUGCAGCAGUUUUAUGUGCACGCGCGAUCUGACAACAUCAUAUCAAGGCAAUCGACAAUCAGUGACUUUUCUCGCCGUCAUGGAUAAUUGGAUACUGUUGUCGAUUUUAGCUAGCACUAUCGCUAUUUAUUACUACUUUUUUAAGGACUUAAAUUUCUUCAAGAAACAUGGGAUUAGACACGCACCACCGUGGCCUGUCGUGGGCAACAUGGGGCCAGUAUUCCUUCGUCAGUUAUCAUUGGCCGAAAUCAUUCAGAAAAUCUACAAUUUGAAUCCAGACGCUAAAUAUGUCGGUUUCUUCGACAGCAUGAAUCCGGUAGUGAUGAUUCGCGACCCGGAUCUCAUCAAAUCCAUCGGCGUGAAGAACUUCGAGUCGUUUCCCGAUCAUCGCGCUUUUAUCAACGAAGUUAAUGAUCCUCUAUUUGGGAAGAAUUUAUUUUCGCUUCGUGGUGAAAAAUGGCGAGAUGUGAGAUCUUUACUAAGUCCCGCUUUUACAUCUAGUAAAAUGAAAGCUAUGUUUAAGCUAAUGUCCGAUUGUGCUGCCAGCUUUACCGAGUUCCUUUUUAAGUUGCCUGCCGAUAAAAGUGUUAUCGAGAUGAAAGACUGCUUCACCAGAUACACGAAUGACGUAAUCGCAACCUGCGCCUUCGGGAUUAGCGUUGAUUCUAUGAGAAAUCCUACUAACGAGUUCUACGUUUACGGAAAAGAUGCUACGAGUUUUAGCACUCUGCGUACUAUAAAAUUCUAUUUUAUCAGAAGUAUGCCUAUUAUCACCAAAAUGUUGGGUAUUAAAUUCGUUGGUAAUCGUGUAGGUCAAUUUUUCAAGGAUCUCGUAAGAAGCACGAUACACACCAGAGACAAGCAGAAUAUCGUACGACCGGAUAUGCUACAACUGAUGAUGGAAAGUAGAGGAAAAAGAGGACCCGGAAAGGAACUGACUAUCGAGGAUAUGACCUCGCAGGCGUUCAUCUUCUUUUUUGGCGGCUUUGAUACCGUUUCUACCUUGAUGUGCUUCACUGUUCAUGAAAUUGCCGUUAAUCCAACCGUUCAGACAAAACUACGUAACGAGAUAGACGAGGUUCUAAAGAAAACGAACGGGGAAUUAACCUAUGAGGCGUUGAACGGAAUGCAAUAUUUGGACGCUGUAAUUGAGGAGAGUCUUAGAAUGUGGUCCGUAGCGGUGGCUAUAGAUAGAUUAUGUGUGCAAGAUUUCGAGUUACCGCCAGCGCUUCCCGGUGAUAAGCCCUUCGUCGUGAAGAAAGGAACAUAUGUUUGGUUUCCUAUUUACGGUAUUCAUCGGGAUCCAAAGUAUUUCGAGAAACCGGAUGAGUUUUAUCCCGAACGUUUUUUGGCCGAGAAUAAGAAAAAAAUAAAUACUAAUGCGUAUAUACCAUUUGGACUCGGCCCGAGAAUGUGCAUAGGUAAUAGAUUUGCAUUAUUGGAAACCAAGGUCGUGAUAUUCCAUUUAUUGGCUCGUUGCGAAUUGAAACCGUGCGCGAAAACUUCCCAUCCUUUACAAUUGAGCAAGGCAAGCUUCACCAUGUUGGCAGAAGGAGGAUUCUGCAUCCAUUACCUGUUUAGAAAUUACAAUUUCUUCAAAAGACAUGGUAUUAAUCAUAUAUCGGUUGUUCCAAUACUAGGCAGCUUGACAUCGGUCGUAUUUCGCCGAAUAUCAUUCGUCGAUUUCCUUCAAAAGAUAUACAAUUCCAAUCCAGAUGCAAAAUAUUUUGGAUUUUACGCCACGACGACUCCGAUUUUUUUGCUUCGCGAUCCAGAAAUCAUUAAGUCUAUUCUUGUGAAGAAUUUUGACGCGUUUCCCGAUCGUCGCGGUUUCAGCGAUUUGAACGAACCCUUGCUUGCGAAUAAUCUAUUUUCUCUUCGUGGACAAAAGUGGCGGAACGUGCGAACUUUAUUAAGCCCCUCUUUUACAUCCAGCAAGAUGAAAAUGAUGUUCACCUUGAUGUCGGAAUGCGCUGUGGACUUCUCUAAUUUUCUGUCGACAUCUAUACUAGUGGAUAACAGCGACAUUGAUGUGAAGGAUGCCUUCGCUAAAUACACAAAUGAUGUUAUCGCUACGUGUGCUUUUGGGAUCAAGAUCAAUUCUAUGACGGAUCCGACAAACAAAUUCUAUGUUUAUGGCAAGGAGGCGAUUAACUUCUUUAAAACUCGCCCUAUCAAAUUUCUUUUUCUUAGAGCCUUCCCGACGCUCGGGCGAAUUAUUAAAUUAAAAUAUCUCCAGUAAUAUACACGCGCGCGUUUUCAAAUUAUAAAGACUACAAUCGCCACUCGUGAUGCCGAGAACAUUACGCGUCCGGAUAUGAUCCAAUUGAUGAUGGAUGUCAGAGGCAAAGAAGGACGAAGAGAGCUUGAUCUCGACGACAUGAUCGCGCAAGCAUUCAUCUUUUUCUUCGGUGGCUUCGACACUAGCUCGACCGCAAUGUCCUUCGCAGCUCACGAACUUGCGGUUAACACAGAUGUUCAAAUUAGGUUGCGGCAGGAGAUCGACAAGGUUCUCGAGGAGACGAACGGGGAAGUGACUUAUGAAACUAUUAACCGCCUCGAAUAUUUAGAUCUGGUGAUAAACGAGGUUCUCAGAUUAUAUCCACCAGUCUCUGUUCUAGAAAGAGUAUGCGACAAGGCUUAUGAAUUACCACCCGCAUUACCAGGCGAGAAGCCUUUCAUCAUGAAGAAAGGUAUGACUUUUUGGAUUCCGCUUUUCGCGAUCCAUCGUGAUGCAAAGUACUAUGAUGAUCCGGAAAUGUUUCGUCCUGAAAGAUUUGUAGACGACAAGAUGUACCACAACUCUUCAUACUAUAUGCCAUUUGGAUUAGGGCCGAGAAUGUGUAUAGCCAACAGAUUUGCCUUGCUAGAAGUGAAAGUUCUGCUGUUUCACCUAUUAGCGCGAUGUGAGCUAAAACCAUGCGCGAAAACUACAUUGCCAUUGAAAUUUAACAAGAAAGAUCUGACAUUAAUGCCGGAAAAUGGAUUCUGGUUGAAUGUUCGGCGUAGAAGCGAUAUGCAUCCUGUGCUUAAAUCUACAUUGGUUAACGACGCUAAUUCUUAGAAAACAAUUUAAGUAAAAAUAACAACAAAUCAUUUUUUACCGAAUAAUGAUAUGCUAGAUGAUAAAAAUCAUAGCAUUCUUGUAACUCAAUGACAAUCGUAAUGGCAGUAUAGCUUGUUUGAAUUUGCGCUAUUACAUGUUAUUUCAUAUUGUAAGCGCUCAUAAAAACCGUUUUCUUUUUUUAGAUAAUUUUUACUGUAAGCAGAUAAAAACUAUUUGUUUGGGCAAAGGUUAAGAAUUAACAAU